AUGGCGGAUUCAGGCCCGACCACGUUGUCGUCGCGUUUUGCCAGCUUCAAUCCCUUCUCCAGGUCGACAGGCAAGACCGAUGCCGAUGAUCUGGGUGAGAAGAUUGAUUCCAGCACCAUUGCAGGUGGUGUCCAUGGAUCCUACCUGUCUGAUAUCACGAGCGAACAACUUAGGGUCAGCCAUGCACUGAGGUCGUUCCUUGUCCACCACAACGUCCUCUCGAAGGACGAGGCUGGAUUGCACGACCCUAAUCAACUGACUGAAUCAUUACGGGCAUUACUCGACAAACCUCAUAUCAAUGUCCCGUCAGCCAUUACUGAUAGGUCCCAUCCAUUGCCCGAGUACUUCAUAAGUUCCAGCCAUAACACCUAUCUGGUUGCGCACCAGCUCUACGGAACCUCUUCAGCUAAAGCUUAUGAGACAGCUCUCAACACAGGAUCCCGCUGCGUCGAGAUCGACGCCUGGGACGGUGAAGACGAUGAAGAGGAACCCAAGGUCACGCAUGGGUACACUCUCGUGUCACAUAUCACUUUUCGCUCUGUUUGCGAGACGAUCCGAGAUGUUGUAGACAGAGAAGCCACACUGGCCGCGAAUCAAGCAGACUAUCGACCUUCGCCUGUCUUACUCUCGCUGGAGAAUCAUUGCGAGGCCCAUGGUCAGCAGCGCCUGGUCAAGGUCAUGAAGCAAGUCUGGGGAGACCGUCUCCUAAGCGAAGCCGUCAGAAGAAAAGGGCACACGGAGCAGGAAGGCUCUACAAAUCACGUGCGUUUGGAAGACUUGGGCUCCAAGAUCGCCGUCAUUGUCGAGUAUCACCUGCCCGACGAACCCCAAGACGACGAUAGCAGCUCCAGUGAUGACGAGGACGAGAAGGCAAAGCAAGCUCACAAGGAAUAUAACGAGAAGAAGAAGGCUACGCCUGCCACAAUCAUUAUCCCGGAACUGGCCGAACUAGGAGUGUAUGCUCAAUCAGUGAAGCCCAAAGACAACUCUUGGUUCGGAGAAGUUGGCAUCAAGGAUGGUCCGCACCACCAUCUGAUCAACAUCUCGGAGAGCGCCCUGAGGGCGCAUAUGCCAGCUGAGACCGACAAGAUUGCUCGGCACAAUGCCCAACACUUGAUGCGCGUCUUUCCCAAGGGCACACGGAUAUCUUCGGAGAACCUCAAUCCGGUGCCCUUCUGGGGUCUUGGGGCACAAAUCUGCGCGCUAAACUGGCAGACCUUUGGAGCGGGUCUCCAGCUCAACCAGGCUUUGUUCAGCAGGACGGAAGGAUUUGUUCUCAAGCCAGCAGCCCUCCGCCCUGGUGGCAGUGGGAAACUCACCACUGGCAGAAGAAAGAGACUUCGACUUCACGUGGCAGGAGCUUCUGACAUCCCCAUACCCGAAGGCCGUCAAGCACACGAUAUCAAGCCAUACAUAUCCUGCACACUGAUCCAUCCGGACGAUCUGGACCAGGAUCCGGCGAAACGCAAGACGACACCAUAUAAGCAUCACAAGCUCGCCUUCCUGCACGAAGGAGAAAACCCACCAGCGACAGAUCCUGUCUGGCAAGAGACUCUCGAGUGGGAGUACGGGGACAAUGAGCUGGUGUUCCUGCGCAUGCUCAUCAAAAGCGAUGACAGCUAUUCGAGGAACCCCAUCUUCGCAGUGGCUGCUGUCAGACUGAUGUAUGUCGCUCCUGGAUGGAGUUUCGUCCGCAUGCUGGAUCUGAGAGGCCGGGAGACGAGAUGUACACUGCUGGUCAGGUUCGAGAUUGAGGAUGUAUAG